AUGAAUAUGUCGAAUCUUACUCGCUUGUCUGUUUUUGAUCAGUUAACAAAUUUUACUUUAGAUGCUAUCAGCGGAUUACAGCCAGAUCUAUCAUCGGGAAAAGAAACCAUAGGUAAUGUUGUAUUUAAUGUCCAUCACUUCACUCAAUUUCUCUUCGAUGGUAAUCAUGUAUACAUCUACAGUCCAAAAAAGAAUGAUGAGAAUAUCAAUCAACCUCAAAAAUGGACCUUUUUCUAUGUACCUGUACUACAACCAAUGCAAACGUCAGCAAUUCCUCCUUGGGUAAUUAUAAAUAAACUUGAAGUACGUGUUCGACUUGCUAUGGGUACGCCAAGUGUCGAAGAAGCUGCACGCCAAGCUAUUGCUAAUCAAUUUAGCAACGCAAUAGCUGAAAAAUAUUCGAAAUCAUGGGUUAUUGCUCCAUUGAUGCUUGAUUCUCUCUCAGCUUAUAUUGUUACAGUAGGUUCAACGCCAGUUCCAGGUGUCGCACCGUUUCAUAUUGAUAAUCCAAACUCCAAUGUUAUUACCUUGAGAUUUGUAUCUCCAAUAAAAGAAAUUGCCUUAGUGAUUGCUGCUGGUUUACUUACUGGAGAUUUCGAUAUUGAAGUCUCAUUGUACUUUUCCGGUAUGCAUCGUGUUAGAACAAAUAUGAUGACUAUUACUGCAACUCAACUACAAUCUGUUCUAAGUAAAACAAUAGCUGAUGGAGGUGGAACCAAUUCAACGUAUAUUCAUCGUGAUCAAGCAUCGAAUUUUGUUGCGAAAUAUGUAACAAAUGUCAAAAAACUUAUUUAUAUUGAAGAUCCUAAUGCUAAUAUGUCAAUAUUAACUCGUGGUUUAGAAGAACAAUUGGCAGCUCUAUUUCACGAAGGUAUCACUAAAGCUAAACAAGUACACAUUAGAGCUGGUGCUUUCGGUCAAGUAUGGCAAUCGGCUGAUCUUAAUCCUGAUCGUAUAACUAGUGAGAUGAGCAAAAUGUUCACAUUUAAUAGAAGUGAAACGACGAAGCAUAAUAAUAAAGAGAACUAUUAUUCGGUAAAUCAACGUAAAGAUUAUUAUUUACCAGUUCAUACUCCAUUAGAUGUACGAAUAAGAUCACUUUUUACUACAGUUAAUAUUAUUACCAAUGAUGAUCGUCAAAAAAAGAAUAGUGAAGAAUAUGAAACAACAUCGCAUAAUGCUGUUUCAGAAUCUGAUAUUAAAAAAGCUGCUUCACAAGCAUCAAUAGAAGGUGUUUGGGAAGGAAAAAAAUUUAUACCAAAAUCAUUUAAAGUUUUCAAAUUAAUUGAUUUGGUUGAUCGAUUACAAGUAGCUGUCAUUGCCAAACAACUUCUAGCUGAAAAAGCAAAUGGAGCCGUAAUUCGAAGAGUUGGCGUUUCAACUUCAUUAUCAAAUAAUUUGAAUUUUUUUGCAUCAUUGGACAAUGAUACCCUUUUUGCAUCAUUGGAAAAUACGAGUAUUCUUGCGUUAUUAGACAAUUUUAAUUUUUCUUUGCCAUUCGACAAUGAAAAUACGGCCACAUCCGAAAACAACAGGAAUUUUCUUACUGGAGAAAUCAAAUUAUAUGCUGGUUCAUCUCCUCCUCGUCCUCCAUGGUUGCUUUGUGAUGGAUCUAUUGUAUCACGUUUAGAAUAUCCACGUCUCUUCUCAGUUAUUGGUACAAAAUAUGGUGAAGGUGAUAAUACAACAACUUUCAAAUUACCUGAUUUACGUGGUCGAGUACCUCUUGGAGUCGAUGCUGAGCAAAUACGUGUUAAUCAAGCUACAGAUGUGGGUCAAACAGGUGGUAACACUAAUCAUACACUAACCGUUGAACAAUUGCCAUCACAUGUACAUGAUUCAGGUACAUUUCAAAAUUCAUAUGAUGGUCAACAUACACAUAAUAUUAAUGAUCCGGGUCAUAAUCAUGGUGGUAAGACAAGUUCAUAUGCCAUUCUCUCGUCAUCGUCAAAUAAUUAUGGAGAAUACAACUCUCAAAUGUCUGGUUAUCGUCAAUGGGCAGCUUAUACUAUCGCCACCUCUCUCACUCAAAUUUCACUUUACUCAAAUGGUAAUCAUACUCAUCAAUUAACAGGUCAUACUGGUACAAUCGGUCAAAAUGAAUCAUUUUCGAUUCUUCCUCCAUAUCAGACAUUUUAUUAUAUAAUUUAUGCUGACUAA